AUGGGCUAUCGAUCAGGCGAUCACCGUUUUGUGUUUCUCGAGUCAGAUAAUCCGUCCGAGCCACGUAAUGUACGCAAGGUAGCGCUAGCUCUCGCCGAGUACCUACGCAUCUCAACGUCCUUGGGUCCAAACACUUCCCUUGUUAUCAUCGGGGCACCCUCCGAGAAGGAACGUACAGUCGAAGAGCAUAAUCGAACUUUUUGGGACAUGCUUCGAGGCCUUCGUAUUUGCGAUCCGAAAGCUUGGCCAUGCGACAUUCCACAAGACACGGAGGAUGCGAAAUGGACAUUCUGUUUCAGUGGAGAGCCAGUGUUCCCCGUCAUGUUGACACCGGCCCACCAAGAACGUUGGAGCAGGCAUAUGAGUGUGCCACUAAUUGCUAUACAACCGAAAUGGGUCCUGGACAAACUCCUUCAAACUCCCGAGAAACGAAAAUCAGCACAAACCAAAGUUCGAAGCCUGUUGCAGAAGUACGAUACGAUAGGAAUUAGUCCAGACUUGACCGACUAUGGUGCGGCUGGUACAAGCGAGAUUCGUCAGUUAUGUCUACAGGAUAAAAAUGAGUCUGUUCAAUGUCCAUACCGCAAUUUUGACAGCUAA